AUGCUACGUGAUGACUGUACCCGAAACCAAACUGAUUAUGAAAGACAGGCACGACAGAUUUUAAAGAAUGCAUACUAUAAACUUGGAAUCAGACAUGGAGAUCAAAGCGACAGAAAGUUGGGUGAAUGUCGAAAGCUGUACUACGUACAACUGGAUGAAAAUGUGACACCAAAAGCUGAUUGUAACCCAGUCAUGAAAAAUAAUGAAGAUGAUCAUAAAAAACUAAUUAAUCCAUAUGUGGACUUGAGUUCUGGUGAUCAAAAACCUAUGCAUAAUGAUGAAACAUUAUCAUGGCCAGUUUCUAUGAAUACAACAAAUUUAGUGAAACAGAAACAAUUAAAUCUAUUAAAGUUGAAAAGUACUAAUUCACAUCGAGAGCCAUCAGCAUCUUCUGUAUGCAUUCAUAAGCAUAAUAAGAAAACUCAAACAUUUCAAUCAGAAUAUCAAAAGUUUACAGAUAAAACGGUAUUAAAAUGGUUACAUGAUAAAGAAAGGCAGAUGAGGGAGAAUAAAAGGAAACAAAAACGUGAAGAACGCAUAAGAAAACAAGUUGAAAAUGAAACUAAACUGCAACGUACAAAACAGGCAGAAUUAGCUAAAAAAGCCUAUAAUAAAUGGUUAGUAAAGAAAACAAAAGAGUCAUUUUCACAGAAGAAGAAAAAGGAUACAUUCCGGCGAAUACUUAGAGAACGCUCUGCUGGAAGAUAUGAAACAGGAAAUCAAGAGAAUAAAAGCAGAAAUAAAAGCUUCGACAGAUGUAACAUAGAAUACUCACCUAAACAAGAAUUUACACCAAUGAACUCAUUAACAAAAACACCAAAAGAAUCAGUUAUAAAAUUGACAUCAACAGAUUAUUCAUCUGAUUAUCAACAGCAAGAGCAACAACAGCUACAACAACGGCAACACCAGCAGGGCAGUAAAACGCUUAAAUUACGUAUAAAAUUGAAUAAAACUGAUAAACCAACUUGUGUAAGAAGUCAAUACAGGUUGAAGCAUUCUAGAAAACCAAUCUAUCGAAUUCCAUUUAAUUCAUGGUCAGUAAAUUAUCAAACAUCAGUGGAUGAAACUGAUGGACUACAGCAUUUUGAUGAAAAUACACCUAUACUCUAUGCUAAAUCAAAUGAAUAUGAAGAUUUAUUAAAUUCUAAUAAUAAUAGUUGUUCAAUGACUAAACCUUAUAGUACGCAUAAAAAACAAAAUCUGAAUAAAAUAGACAACAAGUACUCUAACAAGAACAGUUCACCUCAGAUAACAACUUGUCGUCAAACAUAUACACAAUGGUUAAAACAGAAACAAUCAGAAUCAUCUUAUAGAUUGAAAGCACAGCUACAAGCUAAAGAAAAUGUGGCUUUAAUGGAGGCGAUAAAUCCUCAACUUCUGGAAACUUGGAAGGGCCUACUGAAGUCACAUCUGAAUACUCCCGAAUUUCAACGUCAUCUACUUGGAAAGUGUCAUACGAAAUCGAAAAAUAACAAUUCAGUUAGUGAAAAAAGUCCAACAGUUUCAAAUUACAAUCACAGCAAACAAUUAACCAUCACAUCUAACAAUUUAAAGUGCGCACAACAGUCAACAGAAAUUACUUCGUUACCUUGA